UCACUUUUAUGAUUUUAGAAACCUUACUGCAAUCACUAGAACUAACGUUAGGCCAUAAACGAAAUACAAUGCAGUCGCAUGAUGUCAACGAGAUUGUAAACCCGUGCUUGGCAUGAUGACGUAUAGUCUUAGCCAUUUGUUAGCAACCGCCUUUUCAAGACAUAUAAAAGCUUCUAAAUUCAGCACAGGGUAUUUACUGACUUAUUUUAUGUUGUACAAGACAACGUUAAAGUCUCUUCAGUUUGUGUUAACCACAGGCAUCUAACCAAAAACCCAUUCAAAAAUCCCAUUGUCUCGGAGACGAGGGAACCAGGAGUGCUACAAUGCUAACUCAUUUCCAGGUUUUAGGACCUUGAUCAACUUUUCCUCUUUCCUGUUGUACUUAGUUUAUGCCACAUGCUAGUUGAAAAUAUUGUUCAGAAACCCGAAUUUUAAAGAUACUCAAAUGAUGACGCUGGGAGACUGUCACAAUCUUUAUGGGCUCAUUACAUUCUAUUUAGUCACCUCUUAUGUUAGCUGUUAGCUAGCUAAUGUAUAGCUAACAUUACAUCAAGAGGAGUUAGCUUAAUGUCGGAUCAUCAACUUCACGGUUUAGUUAUCUCUUGGUAUAGGCAAAAUACAUGUGAAAUAUUAUGAUGGAGUUUUUCUAUUUAUAUCAAAAUGUCUCUUGUCACUUAAAAAGGUGUUGGUGGAGGCUAACAGCUGCUAGCAUGAAGACUGGAGGCAGGGGAAGCCGCUAGCCUGGCUCUGUCGAAGGAGCGACCGCAGAGAUCUCACCUGAACCUGACACACUGACUGAUCGUCACUCACUGAGUUCUCACAGCGUAGAUGCACAGCGACAGCGAAAUGGCCAUACCCCGAAUGUUCAACUCCAACACCCCGUUCAUCAUCGUGACCGGAGGAUCGGAACUCUCAUUUCUCGGCAAAGAGGACGACAGCCAAGUUUGUGAGGAGGAGAAGGACUCGCUGGUCCAGGCCAUCGCCCCUCAUCUGAGUCGGGUGAUGCAGCACGGCACUGCCAAACAUGUGGUCACUGAGGGACAUGAGGAGAACGCCUGUGUCUCCAUAGUGGCACAGGCAGAGAGAGAAGACUAUCAGGAGUUCAGCCCCACCAACACACAGUGUCCUUACACAAGAUCUCAGCUGCUCAAAAAGCACAGGUCUCUCAACAUGGACGCUGCCCUCCUGAGUGACACAGAGGACGAAGACUUCCAUCUGGCUGCCAAACUCCCGCUCCACCACCUCCAGAGGAAACAACGCAGGAAACCCAGAGGACAGAGCCAAGAGGACGGGGAACAACCUCCCAUCAUACAGGGCCUGUGGGUGCAGGAGAUCGAUUGGCUAAAAUCAGCAAGCAGAGAGAUGACAUCAUCAACAUCAGCUGAGAUCAUCCCGCCGCCUCCACAGUUUACUGACUCAGCGUCACACCCCUGCAGCCACGGAGGCUCCUGCGUAUGUGACGGCUGUGCAGAUGUGUGUGUCAGAGGAUCAGAGUCACUCUCAGAGGAGCAGCUCAGAUCAGCAGAUACAGACGACACCUCCAGCUCUGACGGCAGAGGAGGCUCAGACUCCGAUGGCGUCCAGGAGCAGGACUCUGAUUCUGUUUACACACAUGAGAGCGAGUCAGACUCAUCCUGUGCUGCAGAGGACGGCACACGAGCGCCAGAUAGUUUUGGAGUUGAAGCCAGAGUGUCAAAUUUGACCUUUGACCUCAUGCACGUGUCCGGUUUUACCUCUGCCUCCCACGCUGAGUGGGAUUCUGACUCAGCAGGGUGUGUGCAAAGCCUGCUGAGAGUUUCUGACUCCACCUACAGCCCCAGCACUGUAAAUACACCCCAGUGUGCCUUUAGUUUUGAUGACAUCAGUGAUGUUGACACAGUUUUGGACGGCCUGAGAGGCAGAGUCACCUGGAUGCCGAAGCUCUUUGUUUUACCUUUCUUUAAAGAUCUAAUCAAACUGACUGUGACAGACUGGAGGACCAGCACAUCUGUCAAUGAAGGACUCAUAUUUCAUCAUCAACUUCAGCCCGACAGCUGUCAGUACAGGGAGGGAGAGGAGUACUGCAUCCUGCACCACAUACAGAACGGCUCGUACGGCGAUGUGUUCUGUGUCCGGGACAAAAGGACUGGUUUCCAGUGUGCUGCCAAGAGGGUAAGCCAAGAAAGAAUUCCACUGAGUCACUUCAGCAGCGAGGAGGUGAGCACGUGGAGCGCUCUCAACUCUCCUCGUGUGGUGGAGCUCUUUGGGGCCGUCAGGGAGGGCCUCAACAUCGUGCUCUUCAUGGACCUGAAGCCAGGAUGUCUGGCUCAGCUUCUGAAAGAGAUGAACUGUCUGCCUGAGGAUUUGGCCCUGCACUACCUUCAUCAGACACUGGGGGCGCUGGAGCACCUGCACCACAGGAAGGUCCUUCACCUGGAUGUCAAAGUUGACAAUGUGCUGCUGUCUGCAGACUGCAGAGACACAUUCCUCUGUGACUUUGGUCUCUCAGAGACAUUAGAUGACAACGGAUGGAGCACCAGAGCGUUCAGGGGAGCUGCCUUCCCCGGCACAGAGACCCACAUGGCCCCCGAGGUGGCACAGGGGGAUCGACUGUGUGCCAAGGCGGACGUGUGGAGCAGCUGUUGCAUGCUACUGCACAUGCUCAAUGGAUGCCACCCAUGGAUACGCUACUACUCCCAUCCACUGUGUCUCCAGAUUGUCAACGAGCCUCCGCCUCUGUGGGAGGUGCCGUCCAACUGCAACAACUUCACAGCCAAAGUGUUCAGGGCCGGACUCCAGAAGGACCCUGACAGACGAGCGUCGGCAAAGGAGCUCCGGAGGAAAACCACCAAAGCCCUCAGAGCAGUUGGCGGUCUGAGUCCCUGGUCCAUCAAAAGUGCCUGUGAGAAGCUCCAUCACAGUGAAAGCCAGAAUGAAGACACGCCCUGCUCUCUGUCACCUGGGAUCAAACCAACCAAACCAUCAGCCACGAUGUACUGGGUGAGCCCCUGGAGGACAACAGCAGUGGACGAGGACACCAGUGACUGCAAAGAUGGUGACUCAGACCAAAACUCUGACGUGGAGACAGAUUUCUUAGCCAGGGAAUGGGAGUCCCAGCCAAAGUCUCUGCAGGACGAUUACGCUGCAGAUGGAAAAGACUGGGACACCUGCUCUGAUUCAGAGGUGGAUAUAUACAUGGCCGAGGAGGAACAUGUUCAGGAGAAGUGGCCGAAAAGUGACAGGGACUAUGAAGGGGACUGGGAAGAGGAGGGAGAUGAAGAGGGGGAGGGGGAGGGGGAGGAGGAGGAGGAGGAGUGGGAGUCCUCCAUGUCCACAGAGUAUCUCCGUGCUCUCAGAGGCAUUUUCCCUUUGCUGAAAAAAGGCCAACAGACAAAUGACAAUUCAUGGGGAUCAGAGCCGGAGCUGGAAUACCUCCGAGACGACGUACCUUUGGGCACCACAAUCCAGACCCCGUCCCCUGAACCUCGAGACGACCCUCCGUCCUGUUUCAGCUGCUCAGACACAUCACAGAUAGACGCCUCAGAGAAGGACUCUGAUCAUUCGUCUGAUGAUCUGAGCUCUGGAGUCUUUUCCUCCUGCAACAGUCGGACAGACGGACAAUUGGAGUGGUUGGCCUCAGCCAAUCAGCCGUCCUCGUGCUGCUUUGAAGGUGUUGACAUCUGGAUUGAGAACGUCCAGGGCGAGUGUCUGAGAAUCCGUGAGCGGCGGCAGGUCAAAGUGGGCCAUGUUGCCAUAGGAAUCAGCGAUCAGAUCUCAGGGAAAGCCUUCACUUUGGAGACGCUGGACAGGAAGAUCGUGUCCUUUGAGCAAGAGAUCAAAGAGUCCUGUCUGUGGCUGCGCUGCGUUCCUGCUCCCGACAGGUGUCAGCGCUGGAGGUGGAGAGUCCGAGAUGGCAAACUGGAACUCAGAGAAUGAGACUUUUUUUUGUUGUUGUUGUUGUUGUUGUUUUAUUUGUGGUUUGCACUAAUUUAUGCAUUUAUGCGUAAAAAUGUGCACAGGUACCUGUAGAUGUUGUGCUGCUGAUAUGACUGAUUUUCCUGGGUAAAAGUAAGACAGACAGUACUUUUUGAGAGGAAUGUGCAACCCAGUAGUCAGAUUAUUUUUUUUUUAGCCAUUGUACAGUCUGCAAAUCACAGGUACGUUACAAUAAGAGUUUAUUAUGUAGCAGAUAUGUUAAAACGUAUAAGUGUGGGUAAGGUCUAGGUACAAAACACACUCGGUUAUCAUUAGGAAAAGAUCAUGUUUUGGUUUAAAAUAUCCAGUUUAAGUGUCACAGUCUCUGCUGGAAAUGCAGCAACAUCUUGGUAAAAAACAACCAUUUUCAGUGUCACGACCCCAGUAGGAAACCCAGCGAUGUCUCUGUAGAAAAUAUCUGUUUUUCAUGCCACUACCAAGGCAGGAAAUGCAAUGAUAUCUUUGUAAAAAACAACCGUUUUUCGUGUGAUUUUCCUAGCAGGAAAUGCAAUGAUGUCCCAAUAAAAAAAUCAACCGUUAUUUGUGUCACUAUCAAGACAGGAAACACAGUGAUGUCUCAGUAAAAACAAUAACUUUUUGUGUCACUUUCCUGGAAGGAAACGUCGUAAUGCCUCAGUAAAAAACAAACAAACAAAAAAAAACAUUUUUCAUGUCACAGGUGAGGCAGGAAACCCAGCAGUGUCUCUCUAAGAAACAUUCGUUUUCACUUUGCUUUCCCAGCAGGGAUUGCAGCGAUGUCUUGAUGAGAAACAAACGUUAUUCAUGACACUUUCUCGGGAUGAAAUGCGAUGAUGUCUGGAUUAAAAUCAUCGCUUUUUGUGUCACUAUCACAUCUUGAUAAAGAACAUCCAUCUUUUGUUACUAUCUUGGCAGAAAAUGUCUAGCCUGGAAAUCCAGACCCAGAUCUAGAAAGAUUUAGGGUCUGGCUAUGAGUAAUGCAAAUGGCCCAAGUCGAGGGGCGGCACCAAGCAUGCAUUUGAAAAUAUCACUGCACGCAAUUGGAUAACACUACGACCAAUCAGAACAACACACGGGGAGACGUAUACGCUUAGCUACCAGCGGAGCUAACUGGUAGAUUAGACUCUUGCCGUAUCCGGUCGGCAAAACAGCAAAAACGUCCUUCUUGCAAAGGAAAGACUCGAGCGCCGUCUUCUGUUCCUCUUUUAGAGAAGAAGCCAAGUCUAACUCGUUCAUUGUGGCGGCCAAAGCCGUUUCAAACAACUGGUGUUCAUCCGUAGCCAUCUUGCAAUGUUUACUGACUGAUUCCGGACUUCGUCGUCGCAGCACUGUCGUCAUCUGUUUAGCUCGCCUCUGGCCCGCCUAUAUCAGAUACACCGAUGUGAUUGGUGCAGCGUGGGUGAUGAGCAUCAUUACUGAUUGCCAGAGUGACUCGCUGAGCAAAUUCAAAUUGUGCUCUCGUAAGAACUCUGGAUUUCCAGGGUAAGGAAAUGCAUUGAUGCCUUGGUAAAAAGCAAUCACUUUUUGUGGUACUAUCCCUGGUUGAAAAACAGCAACAGGUUGCUAAAAAAAAACCCCACAUUUGGUCCCUUAAAACAAUGACACAGUCAGCUCAUGAAUACGUUACUUUAGAAACGUUGAUGUAAUAUGUAUAAAAUGUGCAAAUCGUGAUUUAUAGAAACGUACAUUGUCAACAUUUUUUGUGGCAACUGCUGGAUUUUAAGAUGUGUGAUUUUAUCAACAUGAUGUGAUUUCAAAGCUGAUUUUCUAUAUUUGUAAAGAUGAUUUUUCUGUAUCCAUUCUUCAGUUUAUUGUUAUCUUUUCUCAUCUCACCCUGGA